GAGAAUAUAUUUAUGCUAUGUUUUCCUAACUACAUAAGGAUGUAUCUACAAUUGUAACGCUGUGUGGAUUUUCGCGUUUUUAUGAUUUCACUACAUUUCCCAGAGUUCCACGCGGCAAACCCAGGAAGAACAACACCAGAAGCAUGCGACGAGUGACCCGCCAUGCGUGCGAGGACGGGCCCUUGCUGGAGGACCAGGAGACGGAGGGCCAGAGGCGGCUACACGGACUCCUGGUCCAACAGCUCGACACGGACGCCAACAUCGACCGGUGCCUUGCCAAGAGGAAGUGUUUCGCCCCUGCGGCCUUGUACAAGCCCUUUGGGGAGCAGGCUGCUGGAGUUCGGAGCCUGUCCCAGUUCCAGGCCCUGCAGGACGGGGAGAGGGAGCAGACCAGCCUGCGAGAGCUGGGGCUCACGGACACUGAGAUCGAGCUGUGGCUCAGUAGAGAGGCUCUCCACGUGGCUGAAAAGGGUGUGCUGCCAGCCCCAGGGGCGAUGCAGCAACGCUUGCAGGUGAUAAGGGACAAGAUGGAGGCCAGGGCGGAGCUUCUGGCUUGUCCCCAGCGCUUCUCCGCCAGCCGGCCGCUGUCCAGGCGGGAGAUGGAGAUCGAGCGGGCGCUGUUCCAUGGCAACGAUCGCCUAGGUUUCCUCACGGCGCUCUAUCACCAAGAGGAAGAUGCAGCAGAUGACCAGCAGGGAGCGACCUCAUCCAACACUCUGGACUCUCUCUACAGGAACGUCCUCUCUGAGGGCAGGAAACGCACGUCUCCCUCACAGGACCCUCCUCCACCUCACACCAACCAAUCACAGAGCUCACUGACACAUGAGGACCAAUCCCAAGGCUGGACAGACUGUCAGCCGGAGCCGUGGGGACAAAGUCACCGAGCCGCUGACGAAUCAGGGUUAAGCAAGGACACCGUUGGCCAAUCACAACUCCAGAACCGACCUGGACGGUUUUCUGCUCCAAAGAGGAUAAACAUAAGCCAGCCAAUCGGCAGUCUGUGUGGAGCAGUGGAGGCGGGGUCAGGCGGACCACUGACGGUGAGAGGGGAGAUUCUAGAGAUUUCCGACGGAGAGAUUCUGGAGAACCGAGAAUCGGAGGAAGAGAUCCGUAACAUUCCACGGUUCCACAACUAUCAGCCAGGAGAACCGUCCAAGGUGCUGUGUGUGCGGAACCUGACUGGUCAGGCGUCCGUGGCCCAGCUGGUGGCGCUGUUCUCCAGGUUCCAGGGGGAGGGCGGGCCCCCAGUCCUCUACCGCCUCCUGACCGGUCGACUGAAGGGACAGGCCUUUAUAACACUCUCCGACACGGAAACGGCUCAGGUCGCCCUCCGGCUGGUGAACGGGUACCGGUUGCUAGGGAAACCUCUGGUGAUCGAGUUUGGCCGGCAGCGGAGCGGUGAGGAGAAAGAGAAGAGGGGAGAGGAGGAGAAGGAGGAGGAACAGAGGGAAGGUAGACCUCCAGAAACACAGCCUCAGUCCUGACGGAACAGAGCAACAGUCCAACUCAGGCCUGGCCACUCCUCUUUCCUCGCCCAAUAAAACAUACCGUUUUGUAUAUUUAUUGUUUUACAGCUGAAUAAAUAACCUGUCAUGUA